AUGCUGACCAAACACGAAUACUUAAGUCUGUUAUUCUACGGUCAUGGCCCGGGUGUCCGAGACUUUGGGCCUCGGGACCGGAUGAGGCCGCUGGACGACGACCCCCACAAGAAGCGCAAUGCGACAGCGCUUGAUCCCGAGGAUGCCGUGGAUGUAUACUACAUGUCUUCCCUCGCUGUGUCAAUGACGGAGGCGGGAAAGAAGGGCAUGGAGGAAGCCGUGACGAAGGCAACGGAGGCUAAGACAGCAGCGGAGAAAGCCCUGACUGCUUCAAGGCUUGCCCAUACGACAGCGUUUGCAUUGGCAGAUAAAUUGAGGGUGCUAAAAUCCACAACGGGGAGGCAGCAGAAAGCAGAUGCGUUGAAGAAAGAUGCCCAAAAGAUAUUUGAAAGCAUCGAGAAUACGCUCAAUCUGUCUGCUCUCGCCAUCGCGAAUUGCACCGAUGCGCGAAGCAAGACGGCGGAAGCAGUGGCUGCCACAGAUGGUGGGAUCGAGCAGGUCAAACUGAUGCUACUGAAUCUCACGGAGCUAAAGAGGAUAUUCAUUGCGGCCAAAAAAAACACGUCGAUCGCAGAAGAAAGCGCUAAGCACGCCAUCACGAGGUCAAGUGAAGUUCGUCGGGCCGCUUUGCGAGCGGGGGGGAACGCAGACGAAGCGAAGGCCAAACUUGCGGAAGCAGUGAAGAUUGUACGGAAUGCAAACACAGAGAUAAAAAAAGCAAAAGGAUACACGAAUACACGUCCCCCCGGACAUUUAUUGGGUGACGCGACUACCAAGGGUUGGAAACACAUGGUGUCUGCCGCACAAGAAGCUCUGGCGGCCGUGAAAAAAGCAGAGAGUGCAUUUAAUGACGCUGAGGAGUCAUUAAGGGAAGCUGAAAGAACGAAGAAGGAUAUUGAAGAGCUGGAGGAAGUCAUCAAAGCUGUGCAGGAAGCUGCCGAAGCAGAACUGAAGAAAAACAGUCUGACUCCGGAGGGGCUAGCUGAGUCCCAGACCCAGGGGGAAUCACUCCAACAGUCUCAACAGGAAGAGAGUGCUCAGCAGAGCGGUUCUCAGGAUAGUACUGUUUCUACUGUUGAUCCGACUUCUGGUGAAGUUUCUCACCCUUCUUCUCCUGCUGUUCUUGCGCCUGCUGUUCCUGCUCCUUCUCCUGCUGCUCCUGGUGCUGCUGGUGCUGAUGCUGGUGGUUCUGGUGCUGGUGGUGGUGCUCCGGGGUCUCCUCCAUCUGCAGGGCAGAUCGAAACCGAUG